AUGCCUCCACGCCACCACACCCUCCCGGCAGCCCAAACCUCCUCCGCCCGCGAAGCCCUCCAAUCCUUCUACUGCCAGCUCUGCCAAAAAGGCUACUCGCGCAUGAACGACUACGAAGCCCACCUCAGCAGCUACGACCACAGCCACAAGCAGCGCCUGAAGGACAUGAAAGCCAUGGUGCGCGAUCCGGCCGCGACCGCGCGGGCACGGAGGCAGGAACAGAAGGCCGAUGGGGUGAUUAGUAUUAAGCUUGGGGAGGCUGCUGCUGCUGCUAACAGUGGUGGGGGACCGGGAAGUGGGAGUGGGAAUGCUGCUGCGGCGGCUGCGGCGGGUGGGUUUAAGAAGGGGGGGUUUAAGAAGACGGGGUUUAAAUCGGCUUUUGGGCCGCCGGUGGGAGGAGGGGCAGGAGCAGAGACGGCUGCGUCGAAGGAGGAGGGUGGGGUGAAGAAGCAAGAGGAGGGGUUGGGAAAGGUUGGGUUGACGAUGAUGGGGAGUGAGUUGGUGGAGAGUGAUACGGAAGAUGAGGGGUAUGAAGUGUAUGACCCACGACGACCGACGGAUUGA